AAAGAAAGAGACGGGAUUUUUUUGUUUCAGUUUUCUGAAUUUCCAUAAUCGCUUUCAGUUCGGUUGAUCAAUCAGUAAUCCCAGUAAGUGCUUUUGGUUCCACAGAAGGCAGGGUAUUGUGACAAGUGGUUAAUCAAUGGGACAAGUCUAACCAUGUUCAGCUUUGAAGGAGAUUUCAAGACACGACCCAAGGUCUCCCUGGGAGGAGCAAGUAAAAAGGAGGAAAAAGCAUCUCUCCUUCAUCGCACACAAGAGGAGAGAAGAAAAAGAGAGGAUGAGAGGAGAAGAUUGAAAAAUGCAAUUAUCAUUCAGUCGUAUAUAAGAGGAUACUUAGACAGGAAAAAGCAAUAUGCUGUUCAGAGGGGUCUCUUUGACCACUGUGUGUGUCAGGCACAGGCGGGUGGUGCCCCACAACUCGCAGACAGUGCCACCCUCGGACUCUUAGUACGCCAACUUCUCUUCUUCUACCGCCAGAGCGAAGACAUGCAUAGACUGGUCUGGAUGUGUCAGAAUUUGGUCAAGCACCAUGCUCAGUUUGUUAAGUUGCUGGCUGGACCCGACAGCCAAACCUGCCUGUUCCAGGUCAAGAGGUUGCUGGCUAGCUGCUGCAGGCUUCUGCAGAUUUGCAAGGAUGACAGUUUGAAUGUUGCUGUUCCCUUGAGGAUGCUGGAGGUCUUUUCCUCAGAGAGAACAUAUUUGCCUGUUCUACAGGACCCUAACUGUGUAGCUGCAUUAAUUGAGCAAAUUUUGCACUAUGUAGUACAGAGAGGAUACUACAGGGCACUGUAUGUGUUGGUGAGUCACAAAUUGCCGUCGAGUUUGGAAUACAGCGGUGCUCCUUCCAUCCCUCUGGCACACACUCUGCUGGAAAACACACUCAAGCCCCUGCACUUUACGUACAGCUCCUGCCUAGCGGACGGCAGGCAGUUUGUGUUCUCAGCGUUUACAGAGGAGUUUAUUUCCGCUCCGUUCACUGAGCAGAUGUUUCAUUUCUUCAUCCCUGCCCUGGCUGACCCUAAACUGGCUUUCCCCUUCCACACCUUCCUCGCCUCCCUCCAGACCUCCAUGGGCUCCUCUCCUCACGCCCCCAGCCGCGCACCCUGGCUCCUCUACUUUGUACUGAGCGUUGGAGAGACAAGCUUGGGCUCUCUCUCAGAGGAAGGCUUGCUGCUGUAUUUGAAUGCUCUGCAGACUCUGUUGCCUUUGUUGCCUGUGACUGAGACUAACAGCCGUGCCGAGAUCAGCAGUGACUCGGAGGAUGAAGAGGAGAGCAGUGUACAGCUCCCUUCAGCACAGGAUGACAGUAGGAUCUCUGUGCAUUUGAUCACAGAGGAGUGUGUGCAGAAGUUGGACACUAAGCAGCAGACCAACGCUCUGCUGACCCUGGUGUGGAGAGAUUCGGCCAGCGAGGAUGUCUUCACCAUGAUGGCCUCCAUCUGCCACACUCUGAUGGUGCAACACCGCAUGAUGGUGCCCAAAGUCAGGCUCCUGUACAGUUUGGCCUUUAACGCCCGCUUCCUGAGACACCUUUGGCACUUGAUAACGUCCAUGAGGACUAAGAUGAUAACAGGCUCCAUGGUCCCCCUGCUACAGGUGAUGUCUCGCGGUUCCCCCAUGUCUCUUGAGGACUCCAACAGGAUCAUCCCUCUCUUUUACCUGUUCAGCUCGCUCUUCGGACACUCCCUCAUCUCCAUACACGACAGCGAGUUCUUCGGAAACUCCAUGGAAGGUCCGAGCCAGUCGUCGAUGAUGCCCUUCUCUCUGGCGGAGCUGGUGACGUUGUCGCGCUGUUUGCGGGACGCCUGUCUGGGCAUCAUUAAACUGGCUUACCCAGAGACCAAGACCGAGCAUCGGGAAGAGUACAUGGCCGCUUUCCGCAGUGUUGGCGUCAAGACCAACAGCGAGGUUCAGCAGCGUAUCCAGGCUCAGCAGAAACGCUGGGUUCAGCUGUUCAAAGUCAUCACUAACCUGGUGAAGAUGCUGAAAGCGAGAGACAUCAGACAGCCCUUCUGUCCCGCAGGCCACUGGCUCUCAGAAGAGGUCAACAUAAGGGCAGAUAAGGUGACACAGCUGUAUGUGCCCUCUGCCAGACACGUGUGGAGAACCAGAAGAAUGGGUCGGAUUGGCCCCCUACAGUCAACGCUAGAUGUUGGUUUGGAACCUCCACAAUUGUCUGUAUCCGAGGAGAGAAACCUUGCUAUUCUUACAGAACUGCCUUUUGUCGUUCCUUUUGAGGAGAGAGUAAAGAUCUUCCAGAGGUUGAUAUACGCUGAUAAGCGGGAGGUGCAGGGAGAUGGUCCUUUCUUAGACGGCAUUAACAUCACCAUUCGCAGAAACUACAUCUACGAGGAUGCCUAUGACAAACUGUCUCCUGAGAAUGAACCGGACCUAAAGAAGCGGAUCCGGGUUCACCUGCUCAACGCCCACGGCCUCGAUGAAGCGGGGAUAGACGGGGGCGGAAUAUUCCGGGAGUUCCUGAACGAGCUGCUGAAAUCAGGCUUUAACCCCAACCAGGGCUUUUUUAAGACCACUAACGAGGGCCUUCUCUACCCAAGCCCCACGGCCGAAAUGCUGGUGGGAGACUCCUUCGCCAGGCACUACUACUUCCUCGGCAGGAUAUUGGGAAAGGCGCUGUAUGAGAAUAUGCUUGUUGAGUUGCCGUUUGCAAGUUUCUUCCUGUCGAAACUGCUGGGCACCAGUGCAGAUGUAGACAUUCACCACUUGGCUUCUCUGGACCCAGAGAUGUACCGGAACCUUCUGUUCCUCAAGAGCUAUGAGGGCGACGUGGAGGACCUGGGCCUCAACUUCACCAUCGUCAAUAACGACCUUGGAGAGGCUCAGGUGGUUGAGCUGAAGCCGGGAGGAAAGGACAUCCCGGUUACCACGGCGAACCGGAUAGCCUACAUCCAUUUAGUGGCCGAUUACCGUCUGAACAAACAGAUUCGCCCUCACUGCCUGGCCUUCAGACAGGGCCUAGCCAAUGUGGUCAACCUAGAGUGGCUACGAAUGUUUGACCAGCAGGAGAUGCAGGUGCUGAUAUCUGGAGCACAUGUUCCUAUCUGCCUGGAGGACCUGAAGAAGUUCACGAACUACUCUGGUGGCUAUUCGGCCAGUCACCCCGUGAUAAAGAUCUUUUGGGAGGUGGUGGAGGGUUUUACAGAUGAGGAGAAGCGUAAACUGCUCAAGUUUGUAACCAGCUGCUCGCGGCCUCCUCUCCUGGGUUUUAAGGAGUUGUACCCAGCCUUCUGUAUCCACAAUGGGGGGAAUGAUUUGGAACGCCUUCCCACUGCCAGUACAUGCAUGAACCUGCUCAAGUUACCUGAAUUCUGCGAUCAACAUCAGAUGAGAAACAAGCUCCUUUACGCCAUCGAGUCCUCCGCUGGCUUCGAGCUCAGCUGAGGGCAGUUAUUACCACGGCAACCCAGGAAAAACGGACAGGAGGGGCGGGGCCAUCACCACUUAGACUAGAUGGAAGAAGUGACCGAAAGAGACGGGCUAACAUGUCUGUAGAGUAGCUGUGGUGAUGAAGAGAGGAGAGAAAGAAAGAGAGAGAGAGACGGAAGAGAUGUGAAAGUGUGGUGCAGACACUCAUAUGAAAUGAUCUUUGAUCCACAUCAUUAUCACAUUUUGAUGAUAAUUCUUGGCACUGACAGAGAACACAGAAGGAGAAGAGAGGCUGAACAUUUUCCAGAGGGCAAAUGAUUAUUUUUAUUUUUAUUUUAAUGUGACUGAACCUCUUGUUUAAAAAAAAAAAAGAAAAAGAAAAAAAAGAACAAAGAAUGAGUAAACAUAGGUAAGUUACAUUGUAGAACUGUUUAAUAUGCAAAACAACUGAUACUGAUUGGUGAGGCUAUAAGUGGGAGGGAACACAUUGAAGUAAUAACAUGACAGAGAAUUCACCAAAGAGUUUGUCAAGCUAAUGUAGGCAAAUUUGACAUUUAAUCUGUUUCAAUAAAAAACAGAGAGAGAGAGGAUGCUUGCAGUUUAGCUCUGCUGACACUUUAGACAUGCUACGCUAGGUCGACACCGAGGUUUUAGCUUUCCCAGAACAGAUGCAUGCUUAAGGUGUAACUUUUUCAACACAACCGCAUGCUAAAACUUAAGCCUUUUUCUGUUUUCUCUAUUUUUUAAAGUACAUUACUGUAUUAAAGAUUCAGCUUUGCCAUUGCAGUACACCAUUAAAACUGUAGCUCUGCUAAUUCAAAAGAGCAGCGAAUAGGUAGGUUUACAAGAGACUUCGUUAAUAAUUUAGCAAUGCUAACAUAAAAGCAUGCUAAUGAUGUAGCUACAUCUAAAUUAGUUAACUGAGAACAUAAGAAAUGAGUCAGUUCACAUAGACCUGUUGCAGCUUAGUACAUGUGUUCGCAAGAGCUAUGUAAAGCUAUCCAUUCAUACAUAAGUGUCUGAGUUUGAUGGCCUUUUUAACAUAAGCGCACUCUGUAGUUGCCAUGUCCAGGAGAAUUCUCUUUCAUCGAUUACAGUGGAGACUUUUACAGCUUUUCGGCAGAAAAAUUAGGCUCUCGAGCAGUUUUUCAGGCUCUCUCAAAGCUAAGAUUUACCACAGCAUUGUCCAUGCUUUCAUCUCAAUUUAUACCACAACAAGUACAUAAGCGAGAAUAAUAUUGUGGCCCAGACCAACAAGGGGGGUGGAAGUGAUGUUCCUGGAUUACGGAGAGUAGUCUCAUGGUAUUAAUUCUGAAGUUUGUGCAAUAAGUGCAAAGGUCACAAACCUUCAUAGUGAUCUUUGAAGACUCGCCAAGCAAGACAACUAGCCCUUCGAAUAGCGAGGUUAGUUUGUAACCCUUGUUAAUUUCUUCCAUCCAGAAACUUUGGUCAAGUUAUUCACACAAAAUAAGUAUUGAUGGAAAGUAUCAUGUGUUUUGGUUUUUUUUCCCCGGACCAAGAGCAGUCACUGUGAUUGGACCUCAGCGGUUGGCUUCUUUGAUCUGCAUCAAUCCAACUUUUUCUGUUUUGUUUUUGUUUUGUUUCUUUUCAUUAGAAGGACAUAAUCAAGUAUUGUCUACAGCAGCGUGUGAUUCCAACUGAGAUCUGUAUUGUAGCUAUGAUUAUGAUGUUUUUUCCUCCCUGCUCCCUCAAAAAAAUGCCAAGUUAACACCUUAGGCCUCUACUUUAAAAAAAAAAAAAAAAAAAAAAAGGAUUAGGUGCCGCCAGAAUCCCUCUAGUGGUGGAUUUGUGAAUUUGUCUUUUAUUGUGUGCCAUUCCUCUCACACAGUAUUUGUACAGGCUCCCGUUUGUUCACUUUUAUCUUUGUACAUUUGGGAUGACAGCUUUGACGUUCAUCUCUUCUCCUGUCGGAGUUUACUC